AUGCAGGGGGAGCAGCAGGACAGAACCCCGACAGUGACCCCAGCCCGAGCAGGGGAGCCCGACCCUCCUCCGGGGAGCCGCAUCCCCAUCCCGGAGAGCAGCAUCCCCAUCCCGGAGGGCAGCAUCCCCAUCCCGGGGAGCCGCAUUCACCCGGAGGAGCGGAAUCCCCAUCCCGGGGAGCCUGACCCUCCUCCGGGGAGCCGCAUCCUCAUCCCGGGGAGCAGCGUCCCCAUCCCGGGGAGCAGCGUCCCCAUCCCGGAGAGCAGCAUCCCCAUCCCGGAGGGCAGCAUCUCCAUCCCGGGGAGCCGCAUCCCCAUCCCGGGGAGCCGCAUUCACCCGGAGGAGCGGAAUCCCCAUCCCGGGGAGCCUGACCCUCCUCCGGGGAGCCGCAUCCUCAUCCCGGGGAGCAGCGUCCCCAUCCCGGAGAGCAGCAUCCCCAUCCCGGAGUAG